AUGCUUGCUGCGCGCCCGCAACCCCUGCCCUCGACUCGCCGCCACACGUCCGCGUCCCGCGCCUCUUCAACCUCCGCUGCCCACCAUCGCGACCAGCAGCCAAACUCGCCACUCCACGUCCGCUCGAACGCCCUGCUCCCGCCGCUACGCCUCGCAGAUUCGCCGCCGCCCGCACCCUCCAAGGAUCCACUCUUGCAGCUGCAGCAUCCCCCGAGCCGCUCGCUCGCGCCGUCCGCGACGACGACCCUGGCGCCCUCCGUCGCGCCUCAACACCAAGCCCGCACGAAGAGCGUCUCCACCGCCAGCCCGCCCAAACUGCAGCGCCCGCCGCUCGGCAGCAGGGCCAAUUCCGCGCCCCACGUCCCCAAGCAGUCGCCGUAUUCCCCGCAUGGCGGCGCAAAGAAUGGUCACGUAGCCCGCGCGCGGCACCCCGACGUCAGCGAUAGCAGCAGCGACGACGACGACGACGCCAUCAGCCGCGAUCCCUUCUUCCUGCGCUACCAGAGCGUCAUCCAGCGCCUCGCCGACCAGAGCCCCGGCGACCCUGACGACCCCCUCCGCAAAUCCCCAGAGCAGCAGAAGAACCCCAGCACCGCGAUGGAUGUGCAGGCACGUACUCUCCCCGCUUCGGCGCGCUCUGCCCCGGCCCCCGCUGACCGCCGCGCCUUGCAGGCCGUCGACGACAUCAACAUCGGCGUCAUUGGCGACUCCGGCGUGGGCAAGACGCGCUUCAUAGACCGCGCCUUUGACCUGCGCUCCCGCUCGCAGGUGCGCACCGCCACGCGCAAGAUGUCCAUUGACGGCACCGUGUACACGGUGCGCCUGGUCGAGGUCCCUUUCGAGGAGCUGGACAUCGAGCACGACGACCGCAUCUGCUGGCCGGAAAAAAUCGACGACAUGCCUGCGCCACGGAUCGAUGGCGCGCUGAUGCUAUACGAUGUUAUGAAUCAGGAGAGCCUGGCACAGGUGCCGGGCAUGCUAAAUGUCGUCCACAAAGCGGCGUUGCCGUGCGUCCUGGUCGGCUGCAAGUGCGACAACCACCCGGCCCAUCGCCAGGUGGAUCCAGCUGUGGUGGAGCAGCGCGCGAAGACGCUGGUUGGCGACUUACCCGCGUUUCAGAGCUCAGACGGCUCGCCCGAAAGCCAGCGAAUCUGUCUUUCUGUCAUGCUGCGGGCCAUUCUCGCGUCGCGACAGGAUACACCCGCCAGCAAGCUCGCCGCCGCACAACGCCGCCGCGCCACAUCCAAUUCAUCUGCCCUGCAGGCCGUCUCUCCCCGCCCUAGCUGGAAGCGUCGGCAUGAGCGUGCGAGCUCAGAGUUCUCCGGUUCGCGUCUGAAGAUUCUGUCAGACAACGAUGCAGAAGCGCGCGCCAAGAACCGCGCUCCCACCAACUCCUUCCUCGACCUCGAAGAGUCCCCCGGCUACGAGUCAUACGGUUCUGACGGUGCCGACUCGUCAGACUACGAGCCCAGCAUCAUCUCCGUCAUGCCUUCCGAUGAGAAUGGCUACACGUUCGAGCAGCUCGUCGACCGCUUGGUCUCCCAGCCGCUGUCCAAACAGGACACCAAAUUCGUCUCCAUAUUCCUUGCCCUCUACCGAAAGUUCGCUGCCCCGAGCCAAUUGCUCGAGGCCCUUAUCAAACGCUUUGACGCACUCGAGAACGACAAAAGUCCGCAAAUGGUCCGCACCAUAGCGCAACUGCGCCACUUGUCGAUCAUGGAGCAGUGGCUCAGCUCAUACCCUGGUGACUUUGCUCACCCUAUGACAAAACGCAUGGUGUUCUUAUUUGUGAAUCGUCUGGCUAGCAACCGCAUUUUUGCCGUUGCGUCCAAGGAGAUCUUGGCUGAUCUCGAUGCUGUUUUGGAAGACGAUGAUACAGACUGGGCUUGUAGUGACAAGCAUCGCGAGCACGCACUCUCCGGCCAUUCCAUCUUGCACGAGGCAUUCGAGGAAGAAUUGCCCAAGAGCGCAACAGAGCUUACCAUCAGCAUAACGCGCGGUUCCACGAACACCACGGACACGUCGAUGACAGGCCACCCUGAACGCUCCAUUAGCACCUCUACCACAGCCACCAGCUCCUCCCAGACAAUGAUGAACGCUAUUGAGCAGGCACGGCAACAGGCCAAGCUACUCGUCCCCAUACCUCGCGUCACUCUCACUAAGACACAAUGGCACCUGCUCAUGGGAGAGUCGGAAGAUAAUAUCGCCCGAGAACUGACGCGCAUGGACUGGAUCAUGUUCCAAUCCAUCAGGCCCCGCGACCUGGUGCGCCAUGUGAGCAUGAAUGCGGCAGAGAAGAAGAAGUGCAAGAGUUUGGAGAAUGUGGAUCGGAUGAUUGAACACUUCAAUCACCUGGCUUAUUGGGUUACCAAUUUCAUUCUGCUGAGGGAUAAACCAAAGCAUCGCGCUUUGAUGCUCGAGAAGUUCAUGAAGGUUGCACGCAAAUUGCGUGAACUGAACAAUUACAACUCUCUCGGCGCUAUUCUCGCAGGCUUGAACGGAACAGCGAUCCACCGCCUUUCAGCAACACGCGACCUCCUCUCGCCAGCCACAGCCAAGGACUUCAUGAAGCUCGAGAUUCUCAUGGGCACGCAAAAGAGCCACUUUGCGUACCGUCUUGCCUGGGAGAACAGCUCCGGGGAGCGUAUUCCCUACCUUCCUCUUCACCGCCGCGACCUUGUCUCCGCCGCAGAAGGUAACUCCACUUUUGUCAACGACCCACACCGACGCGGAUCCAACGCCGGUCUGCUCGGCGGGAGCACAAGCCCCCGGUCCGGUGGUCCGCCAGCGAAUGCGGAGGCUCUUAGCGCAUUGACCGGUAACCCUGGCAAUGCAGCUGCCCUGCAGGCUGCUCUCAACAGAGCGAGCGCCCAGGAGAAGGAAGCGCCUCCCAGUGGCGUCGAGGGUAAGGAAAGAAUUAAUUGGAAGAAAUUCGCAAUCAUGGGCGAGGUGAUCGUUGGUAUGCAACGGGCACAGGGCUUCCCCUAUCCUAACAUCGCUCGCAACGACGAGGUGAAGAGUAUGAUACUGGAUGUGAGAAUCUGCAAGGAUGAUGACGAACUGUACGACCGUUCGACCAGCCUCGAGGCUGUCGGUGCGGCCGGCGAACCCCGAAGAAGGACACAGCUCAAAACGCAGUCCUCGCCGUUUUUCGGAGCGAUCGGGCAGCUUGACCUGGAGAAGGCAGAACGCGAGGAACGCUUGCGAAAACGCAACGAGAGGAGGCAAAAAUCCCUCUCGUCGGUUCCCAAACGCGCGAUUCCCAAUCAGAGUAGAAUUGCUGCCAGCUUGCUCCUCUGA